GUCGGGCAUCGACCGCCGCGGUGGCAAAACAUUUUCUAUGUUUACAUUUAGGUGAACACUGAAUACCUAAGCAGGGUUAUGCAAUAUGCGAAUGAGGCCUACACCGAGAUGGUGUACAACCUCAUAGACCCCAGUAGGUCGUAGGCGUGUUGCUCUAUAGAUACCUUAGAACGCAAGCGUCCCCUUUCCUCUCGUUUCUCGUACAAGCCAAAAAUUCCUACUCGUACACAAGCAAAACCACCAUGUCGACUGAACAAGACAAGCUCAAUGUCAACAGCAGUUCCUCGACGCGCGAUGUUUCCAUGGAUAGCCGCGUUUCGCAGGCAGAGACCAGAGACGGCCAUGAGAAGCCUCAGGAGCAUGUCUACCCUGGGCCAAAUCGUGUAAACUCGAUGCUCUCGCGCCGCGCGACGUUCUGCAGUGCUACCAGAAACCAGAAGAACAAGUUCACCCGCCGCAUGCAACGUUUGAAAAGAGCGAACUUUCAUCAAACUUCAAAUACAUCUUCGCGACAGAAUGAUGGCGAGCCGAUGGACCGAGACGCCGUGCCGAUCAGAUGUGAUCUGGACACCAUUAUGGAAUUGAUUUCAUCAGGAGGGCAGUGCGUCCGAUCCUCUUCGGAUCGUUCGAAAACAGUCAAAUUACCUGAAUUCGAUGAUCUCCGUGCAUAUCUCCCCGCAGGCCUUAGUGCCACAGAGCUCUGGAAGGACGAGGCUACUAGACUAAAGGGAAUAGUGGAAAGCCACGACCCAAGUCUGGUCUUCAACCCUAAAGGCUUCUUCAGCGGAGAUGGUGAAGAAGGGUACCAGGACCUUGGUAGGCUGGCGGAGAUCGUAUUCUCUGCCUUUUCACUUUGCCUGAUGGACAACGAAUGCAUUAAUGUCGAAUCUUGCAAGGCCCUUGCCAACAGGGACCGCCUCAAAAAGCUCCUUCAGCAGGCGCAAGUGAGCCAGACGAAUGGCGAGUGGGAGGAGAACAGAGAAGGAGACCAGGCAAAAAAGAAAACCUCGGACGCCAUAUUCUCGUUGAUCGACUAUAUCUCCGCUAUCUUGGCCAGAUUGAUCUCUCAAUCAGCGACUGGGAAUUUUUGGUGCGGCAACGUGCUAGCUGUGCUCACGAAGCGUGUGACUAAGCUAAAAGUGUUGCUGCUUGACAUGAAUGCCAACACGCUGAUCUCUUGCCAAGCAGGCGAGGCAGCUCUCGAUAGGACCGGCCUAUCUAGUAAGCUCUCAAAUGGAAUCCUUGAUGAAGAAGAAUGCGAAGAAGUUCUCCGUAUGAUCGACACCGAAACCAAGGAAGGCCUCACCACCACAGCGAACGCAGAAGUCGCCCGGUACUGCGUUGAUCAGAACCGGAACCGUUCCGGAAUAGAUACAAUAUUUCGCUACCUACUCCUCUCGCUCAGAUUCCAGAAUCGAUCUGGACUACACGGUACAUCAUUUGAGAUCUGCGGUAUGGUUUACGCAACUGGAUUUGAGGAUUUCAAGGCUCUCCUCUUCCAAGACAGAGACUUGGAGUAUUCGGCCUCUUCAGACCAGGACACUAUCAAUACUGCUCACUCGGCAUUCAAAAUCUUAUACCAGGCCUUGAAACACGUUAAACAGGACGCUCCCCGCAAACCUCCUGGUCGCCUGCAGACAACGGUUGAAUGGGGACAUUGUGAAGCCGAAGAUAAGACGCCACGAAGUAAUCUCUCAGCGGAAUAUUCGAUGUGCGAUUUGUCACAGUAUAAGAUGCGCACAGCCGUUAUGGACUCAAUGGGAGACAUAGUCACCGUGAUGGUUCCUCUAAUCCUCACCAGCCCUGUCGCCGUCUCUAACCUUACCAAGUACCGUACGAUGAUGGCGCUAACCAGCGACGCUAAGGACGUCGUCCAGCCAUUCAAGGAAAAGGACUACAACGCCUUCUUCCGUAUGUACACAGACAAAUUCGAGGUCGAUAGCAAAGCGUGGGACGUCAUGCGUCUGUCUGACGCAGUUAAGGCCAAAGUCUUCUCUCGCUACAAUCUGGCCUCCGGCGGAGAUACUUCCAAAAGCUCCAAAAAGAUAGCCCGAAAGAUGACCGAGAUGUCGCGGGAGAUGGACGGCUGGGUGAUUGACGAGAAAGGUAUCACCGUUAAUUGCAAGUUCCAGGUCUGCUAUAUCGUCCUCGUCGCGUUCCUAAUAGCCGCUGGCGGGCUAUCGGUCAUCGCAGCGGGCGACCGCAUCACCGCCGUGGACCCUUCCAAUCUAUCGACGUAUCUCUGGGUCGUAGCUGGUUUUUAUCUGCUAGUGUGCAAGAGCCGGUUCGUCCAAGACUGGCCGUGGAGCGACUUUUUGCAUUUUCGCGUACGUUGCCGAUCCGUGUCGGAGCUGCACGCCAUCUCCGGUAUCAACGAGCAGUUCAUCAUAGCCAAGCUCCUGCACGAUGAGCGCGGCGGUGGCGUGUUGAAGACUCGAGGGCCGUAUAAUAAAGUCUUUCUGCAACACGGCUCGGACGAGGGUUUCUCGAUUGAUUGUCCCCUACACAUGACAACGUUACUGCUAAGCGGAUUGAUCAUGCUCAAGGUCGUUACCCCUCGCGGUCAUGCGUUGGUAUGUCUAGACGCUCGGCGUGGGACAGAGCUCAAGGUGGUCGAGCACCAGGGGAGCGAAGCCCAGGAGCAUCUGGUCUGCGAUGAUAUCAAUCGACUGCAGGAUCAACAACGGUGGAAGAAGCCUCAGGACAAGAUGAGGCUACAGUUGGUGAAGUCGAAGGAGUUGAAGUGGAAAAGAGUGCAGGGUGUUUAUAAGGAUAUGGAUGCUAUAUUUGUCUAAGCAGAUAAAAAUCAGGGGAUAGCACCUAUGCGCCUGUUUAUUAUACACGAUAUUAAUAUGAAGCAUUCCAUUAUUACGAUAAUCCAAUUUUAACACGUUUCCAAG